AUGAACUAUAAUCAACAGACCCAGCAAGCAUCUAGCGCUACCUCUCGGACAUGGGCCACUCCAUAUACGUACCAAAAUACUUCGGUGAAUAAUAAUGAUGCGUUAAGACAGUGCGAGCCUACUCAUAUGACAUCACCGAAAGUGAACCAAAGCACACAGCAAUCGCGGAAGGUUGCUGCUUAUAAGAGUCCGCCUAUUACUUAUUCUACUACAAAUGCGACGUUGAAUGCGCCUUCAUAUCCACAAACGUCCCACGGAUACAGCUCCUAUACAGCAACACGUCUGACCGCUCCGGAGACUUCGUCUGCGAUCAAUCAAGACUAUCCUCAAGUGACAGAAGCGGCAACUACCACUCAGACCUCGCCCAUCAAAGGUCCCAAGGAACGUGCUAGAGCAGCCGAAGCAGAAAUGGAGGCGCGAAGGAAAGAAGUCGAGGUACAAGCUCAGGCGGAAGCCGUCGCAAGGGCUGCAGAGGAGGCGUUGGCCGCAGCAGGUGCACAAGCGACGCCUACAAGCGCCACCAAGGGAAAAUCAACCAAUUCGAAACCUGCCAAAAAAAAACACUUCUAA